AUGACGCUCUCAGGGCUGCUGGAAGAUGUGCAGUCGCUUCCCGUGCUGGCAUGGAUGUCGCCAGCUCUGACAGCCGUAGCUGUCGUACUUGUCGCUUUCUUGUCAGGGUACAAAAACUCACCCAAAGGGUUCAACGUCCCCACGCUUGGCGAAGACUCUACGGACCCCAACGCACUCAAGAUGCGAUAUGUCCACGAGGCCGACUUCAAAAACACCAUUUUCCAAGUCCUCACGCCAGAUGGUCCAAGGCUCUUUCUCCCCAGGAAAUUUGCCAAUGAGUUAAAACCAUUCAAGCGGCACGAAGCAAGCGGGAUGAAAGCUCUAGCCGAUCGCCACCUUGGCCACUAUACGACAAUCGACCAUGAAAGCGAUGUGAUGCUUGGUGCUAUCAAGAUUGAUUUGAACAGGAAUCUAGGGCUCUUCGUUGGAGAUGUUGACCGUGAAGUGAAGGUCUGCUUCGAGCAACAUUUUCCUCCCUGUGAAGAUUGGACUCCAGUUGACCUUCACGAAACGCUGCUUCGCAUUGUUGCUCAAGCUUCCGCGCGGAUAUUUGUUGGUUAUCCCAUGUGUCGUAAUGAAGAGUGGCUUGAAUGUAGCACCAAAUUUGCACUCGAUGUCAUGACUGGCGGCGAAAAACUGAAGUUGUGGCAUCCGUGGCUCCGUCCAUUUGCACAAUAUUGGAUACCCGAGAUGAGGCAGAUACGGGGCGAUCACCAGCGUGCGCUUGAUCUGCUGAUGCCGGAGCUCAAGAAAAGAGCUGCAGAAGCUACGGCAAUAGACGCCGUACCACGACAGGACAUGAUUGAAUGGAUGCAGCAACGGGCUCGAAAAAUUGGCGACAAGUCCUUCAAUUACAAGGAGCUGGCCAAUCUCCAGAUGCUGACAGCAACUGCGGCCAUUCAUACCACGAGGCUGGCCAUUAUACAUGCUCUUUACGACAUUGCAGCUCACCCAGAGUAUAUCGAGCCGCUGAGACAAGAAAUUCAAGAAGUAACCAACAACGGUUCUCUCCAAAAGCAGCAUUUGACCCAGAUGAAGAAGCUCGACAGCUUCAUGAAGGAAUCGCAAAGACACAGCCCACCGUCAGUCGCUACUUACCAACGAAAAGUCAUGAUCCCCGUCAAGCUCUCUAACGGGUUCCAAAUCCCCGCUGGUACUGUGGUACAGUGCAACACGAACAUCCUGGACGAGACACCGUCAGCGUGGGGCGACGCGCAUGCGUUCGACGGCUUCAGAUUCUAUCGGCUACGGGAGAAUCCCGAAGAUGCCAACAAGUUCCAAUUUGCGAGUCCGUCCUAUGACAGCAUGCAAUUUGGUUUUGGUAAUGACGCGUGUCCUGGCCGAUUCUUUGCCAGCAAUCAGAUCAAGAUCGUCCUGUCACAUAUCCUGUCGAGCUAUGACAUCAAAUUUGAUGACUCGGUCAAAGGACGGCCCAAGAACUUUAUGUUUGAAGUCAACGUCUUGGCUGACCCUACGGUUAAGGUGCUUUUUAAGAAGCUAAGAUGA